GUAUUUAUGAAAUAUUACUGUGCGUAGGUCGGUGGGCGUGUGAGUGUGCCGCCUUCAGUUUCCAUUUAUUUUCCUAGGGAUUUCCGCUUGUGACAAAGGCAUUUAAAAAAAAAAACAGGGGGCGUGGCUCUCUCUGUAAUUAGUUUAGAUCAAUAAAGCGCUUAUACUCAGAGGACUUUUAAAAUAUUUAAAAUCAGUUUUACUAUUAGAAUCAACAUUAUAAUUCAGACAAAAUUUGUAUUUCCCAGAAGUCUGGGAAAAUGUUCUGUGCCAAAUAAAAUUGGGAGCACAGGGAUACAUUAAAUUGGGGAAAACCCAAAGGUGCAAAGCUUUAUUGUAAUUGUUUAAAUUUUAGGCUUUAACAACCAAGGCAAAAAAUUCUGCUUAAUAGCGGCUAAAACCAUGAAUCAUAAAUUGUCAUUGCCACGAUAAAAUGUACUCAGUUAAACAGUGAGAAUGAAAAUAAAUAAUAUAGAUAAAAACAUUUGAACUAAAUAAUAUAGUAUUAGAACGAUAUGCUCGACCGCCAAUACAAUCAAAUAUAUGUAUGUAGAUAUUACUAAAAUGUAACUACUGGCCUAAAAAUGUUAAUAAUUUACACUCAGUUUUAGUAUUGUUUUCAAGUAUUUCGCAUACUUAAGGAAAGUAAGUUUAAAACUUACUUUUUUAUUAAUCAUGAUGUUAAAAACUAAUUUUAAAUUGACCACGAGUUGUAGAAAUACUCUUAAAAAAAGGAUCAAAUUUUAUUAAUAAAUAUCUAUAUUUAAUAUUAAAUGUCCUAAAACAAUGAAUGUUUUUAUAAGUACAAAAAUAAAAGAUUAAAAUAUAGUCUUGUAAUAUGUAUGUAAGCCAUACAACUUCUUAAAUAUUUACAUAUAAGUUCACACUAACAAAAACAACAGAAUUAUUUUAUUACAAUUCAUUAAUAUUUUUCAAAUUAUCACCUAUUAAGCUCGGCCUUUAGAUUGUAGCAGAACGAACUGUCGAAUUAAAUAGUGAUUAAAUAAUUAAAUAAUGGGUGAAUUUGUGGAGAAUUUAGAACGGAUUGCCCUUGAACUGGUGGCAAACUUGGCCCACGGCCACGCCACCUUAAGGGUUCCCCGGAAUUCAAACACUGGAUGUCGACGAGUCACGUAUAAUAACCGCGGAAGCCGUCACAGUUUCUGCCUGCUGGUUUACAUGCUGUCCCGGGUCCACCGAUUGCAAGUUCUUGGAGGCAGCUUCACCGUCCGAGGACUUUACUACGGUGAUCCACUGCUGAUAAGGUCGCAGUCCAGGAUUGCCGAGGCCAGGCUCGAUGUCUGUCGUAUGCUGAAUACAUCCCCUUUGACUUUGGGCGUCCUGGCCGCCUCCAAGGGCCUCAUGGCAGGCGAUGUACGGCUGCUAAUGACAAAUGGAGAUGUUUUGGACAGCAGCUUGUUUUGUGGACCAAUGACGCUGCCCACAGAUCCCGAGAAGGUUGAUCGCAUCGAAACACAGGCGGACUUUGUAUUGAUUGUUGAAAAGGAGUCGGUGUUUGAGAGCCUGCUGUCGAGGAAUGUUUUUUGCACUAUUGAACGACGUUUCAUCUUAAUAACUGGCAAGGGGUAUCCCGAUUGCUGCACCCGGAGGAUUGUCCAUCGACUCACUGAAGAGAACCAUCUACCAGCUUACAUUCUCGUGGAUGCCGAUCCCUUUGGCAUCGAUAUUAUGCUGGUCUAUCGCCAUGGCUCGCAGGCAAUGAGUUUUUCCAGCCAAGGACUUACCACACCUUCGCUGCGUUGGAUUGGACUACACCCCUCGGAGAUUCCCGCCCUCGGCACUGGAGCGGUUGCCCUGGGCACCGGCGACAACAAGAAAAUCAAUGACCUCCUCGCCCGCAACGACUUGGAGCCGGGAGUGCGCCAGGAACUGCGCAUGCUGCAGGACGUUCAGCUAAAGGCCGAAAUCGAGAGUGUCAUCGACUUCCUGACCGACGACUAUAUACCGAACAAAAUCAAUCGGAAUUUGUUUUUGUAGUGCUCGGCGGUAUAACCAAUCGGCCAAGGAAUUAAUUAAUACUUUUCGUACAUUUGAAAUAUCACUAUUGAUUUUAAAAAAAAACUAUGUGUAUUAAAAUAUAAUAAGAUUCAUGAAUAUGAUAAUGACCGCAGUUCACGUAAAGGGAUUUCCAUUAAUUAUUGAGUUGUUUAAAAUAUUCCGCUGAUUACUCAAAAUAAUGAAGCAUUUCGUCAAAGAUAAUUUAUUUUCCCGUUGGCUAUGUUCAGCCUGUUUAUAUUCGCUAAAUCAUUAUACAUUUAUUUGAAACUUACUCAUAUGAUACUUUAAAAAUUAAGUUAAAUGGAUCAAGAAAACAUCUGGAUAAUUGGCGGAUAAUAGUAAUUGUCACUCUGGGGAUAUCUGAGUUUUCAGU